AUGGAUGGUUGGAUGGUCCCGCAGUCUCAGCUCCACCUACGCCGGGGGGCCGGGAGCACCGUCCUGGAAAAAGAAAGAGAAAGCAAGAGGCUGGGGUCCUUCCCGUGCAUACACACACACCCGGGGGGUCUCCCACGCCCGAGUCCCCUCCCCCACUCUCCUGCCUUUCAGCCUGGGCACCUGGGUGAAGCCCUACCCAGGGGUACCGGCCUCCCUCCCCACCAGGGGCCGGCGGCUUCCUGGUCGGUGACGUCAUCCAGAAGCCCAGCUGGGGAUAGACAGGGGAAGAGGAGGAGCCAGAAGAAGCUUCACCGCCCAGUCUUCUUCCUGCGUGCUCCCUCUAGCCCAGGAGGACUCUGUCUGGCUGAGUCAGCUACGGACUGGGGGCUUACCUGCCGCUCCCCAGCUCUGGAGGUACCCCAGGGAUGCACCCGGACCCCCAGCAACCCCAGGGUUUCCAGACCUGGAGGUGGAGCCGGAUACCUCUCUCAGGCUUGGAUUCUAGGUUCAGAGGAGGGGCUCGGAAGAUCGCUGCCAUCUGGAAUUGCAUUCCGCUCUGUCAUCCAGGUUGGUCCAGCCCAAGGAGGCCAGAUGUCCCAAAACGAGAAGGAGUCGGGGUCACCCGCGGAGAAUCGAAGCCGUGGGGCGCUUUCCACACCCGCGGAGGCUGCCCCCUCCACCGAGCCCAACCAGACCCCGGACCCGCCUCCGCCCAAGUCCCCUUCUCCGCCCAUCCUGGUUUCUGUGGCAUCCACGUCUACCUGGUCCUUCCGCACCGACCCGGUGUCCUCCAGCCAGCCUGAAACCAGUGCCAGCGGAAGCGCCAGCUCCCGCGCGCGAGCCAUGGAGGCCAUAGGAGAGGAGUUUUGUUUCCUGCUCUGUCACGUCUGUAAAAUGGAAUCCAAAUGUCCUAAGCUCCUCUCCUGCUUACACACCGUCUGCUCCAAGUGCUUGGAGAGCCACGAGCCGGCCGGGCAGUGCCCCAUCUGCCGAGACUCCCAUCCUCAAGACAGCAGCCUUCGCUCCAUGGACAACCUUUUCUUCGAGAGCCUGCAGCGGCGGAUUUCUGUGUACCAGCACAUCGUCCAGGGGGGCGACGAGGCCUCGUGCAACCGCUGCCGGGAGCCCGCCGAUUUCUGGUGCUUCGAGUGCGAGCAGCUCAUCUGCACCCACUGCUUCGAGGCGCACCAGUGGUUUGUGAAGCACGAGGCCCGGUCCGUGGAGGAGCUGAGAAAGGAAACGGCCAAGGACUUCCUGGAUGGUACCCGUAAAUCCAACAACCUCUUUUGUCCCAACCCCACCCACCGGACUCCAUCCCUGACCAGCAUCUACUGCCGAGGGUGUGCCAAGCCCAUUUGCUGCACCUGUGCCCUCUUGGACAGCAGCCACAAGGAUCAAUACUGUGCCAUCAGCUCCGAGAUCCAACAGCGACAAGAGGAGCUGUCAAAGAUUACAUCAGACCUGAAGACCCAAGAGCAGAUCUUCAAUGAUGCCCACAAUAAGAUUAAGUCGGCCGUCAGCCACCUGGAAGAGGUGAAGAAGGAGACGGAGGAGCUGAUCCGUUCUCAGGUACAGGUCAUGGUGGAGCACAUCCAGGCCAAGGAGAAGGAGCUUCUGGAGACCAUGGAGAAUCAGUACCAAGAGAACCACCAGCAAAUGGCAGGAAAGCUUAGGCACCUGAACAGCAUGCUUCAGCGCAUCCAAAAUGGCGAGGUCUUGGUGGAAAAACUGCAGCAUUACGCCUCAGACCAGGAGGUCCUGGAGAUGCAUACCUUCAUCCGAGAAGCUCUGGAGCACCUCAGCAGGGAGAAGCCUCUGAACCUUCAGGCUGCAGUCAAGGUGGAAGAGUUUGUAGACUGCAAAGCCAAACUCCAGGCUCUUUAUACAAGAGUCACCAAGGAGAAAGAUCCUGAAGUUGCUAAAAUUGAAACAACUGACAAGAAGGAGGAGCCUAUGGAGCCCACCACCUUCACCACAGAAAUUUCAGACAGCGAUUCGCAAGAUGAGAAGAAGUCGCAGAAGCCAGGACACAUUGGAGACAAUACUACUGAACCACCACGUCCUACUGUCCCAUCAAGAAAGAGAAAAUCUGUCCAUGCCAAUAAGCCCACCUCAAGGAAGGUGAUCAAGAAGGAAUAUGGGGAAAAUGGAAGGCACAGGACCAAUAAGGUCUUCAAGCAACCUGGGGCCAGCACCUCCAGAGCGAACCAAGUCGUGAAACUGGAUCCCCACCAUGGCCCCACAAACCCAGCCCCGAGCUCUGAAUCACGCUCCACAGCUGAGUCCAACAAUGGCAGCCGUACCUUGGUGGAGCUAGGUAGGGAGGAUAACCCAAUUGUGGUAAUCAGCAGCUCUGAUGAGUCCGAAGAGACCGAGUCCUCCAGUGAUUUCGGGGACAGCAGUGACUCAGAAGAUAUUGUGGAAUGCACGGGCAGCACAAGGGCCCCCCUCAGCCACCCCACCAAUAACUUCAGAGAAACCAUUCAAGAAGACAGAGCCUUGGUAUUCUUUGACCUCAAGGUUGACAGCAAAACCAAGAAGAUCAGCCAGCUGGCAGCGGUAAAUGGGGAGAACAAUUUCCGUAUUAUCAUCCAACAAGAAGAGGCCCUUUUCAGCCUCUUCUCCAGGGGUGUGGCCAUUGAGGACGGCCUGCAGAAUUUCCUCUGUUACCUCCGUUCUUCCUCCCACCCCAUCCUGGCUGGCUACAAGCUCUGGUCACCCAAUCUCACUGUCUUCUUUAAGGCCCUAGAGACUUUCUCCAAAAAGGGAGAGUUCCACGAGACCGUCUCCGGUUUCCUGGACAUCCUUCCCUUGAUCCGAGAUCGCGUGCCUGGGGCUGACAGCUACAAGCUGAAGAACCUGGUCAAGAUCUACCUGUCACGGAACAUGAACGACAACAGCGCCCUGGCCUCCGUCCGGGCCAUGCGGGACCUCUGCAAGAUCCUACACAUCUACCUGGGUCAGAGCAUCAACCGCAGAGUCCUCCCCUUCUCUAACCUGGACUGCUUUGCUUCCCUACAGCCCCUGGUCCGAGUCAACGUCCUGACUCGCGCCCAGGCCAAGCUCCUUGCCCUCCGCAAUGUCAGCCUCACUGAGUUGCAAGCGGCUGUCCAUGACGAUCCUGAGUGGGGACUCAGGAAAUACAGCCGCUACUUGGCCUCCCGAAGCUCUCGUUCGUUCCCUUCCCUUCUGGGGCUUAGGACCUACCUGGAGGGCCUGCUGUCCAAUCCCAAGCCAGAGGGAAAGCAGGCCACAGGUCCUCACCAGGGUCCCCCCGGAAAAGGCCCUUCCCACGCCUAGAGUGAGCAGCAGUUCUGCCCUGGGCCCUGGGGCUCGGGGGCCAUCUUCCUUUCUCCUUCUGCUGUCUGAUAUUCUAGGCCCCCCUCCCCAGAUCGCUAUUUCUGUGGCUUUCCGUAUCUCUCCAUCCGCUUGGUCUAAAGGCCUCUCUCUGUGCGAUGUCAUUCAGAUGUUCCCCUUUCCUGAUCCCCAACCAAGGAGGGUUCUUUGGCAGACGGGCCAGGGAUACCUGGAGGGUGUCUUCUUACAAGGCCAGGCCGGUGUGACGGGGAGCUUCCCCCCCUAAGCCCCAGCUCACCCCUGCUCCGGUGCCAACCCAAACUAAACCAGGAGACGCUCUUUCCAUACAGGCCCAGGCCCCACCCAGACUAGGCUCCCUCUGCACUAGCUCAGAUCUCAUCCCACCCGCCUCCCAGUUCCUUCUGGCUCCUAGACCUUUGCUUAGCUCCCUCCAGUGGCUCUUUCUCUCCCAUAAUUCAGGUAGUUCCCUACCUGAAUGCCACCUGCCUGGCUGUGUAGCUCCAAGUGCCUUUCAUACUGGAAUGGCUGCCUGUGCACGGUUGUGGCCCCCCUUCCGCUUCCUUCCCCAGGCUCAGCUGCUUCUGCUCAUUGAUGUAGGUGCCUCGCUCUUGUUUCUCUCGCUGUACCCCCAUUUACCUAGGAACUAAUCUGGUUACAUCAUAGACAGGCCGUGGAGGGAUGACUCCCCUCCGGCCCUCACCCGCCUCUCUCUUCCCCAGCCCUCCCUGCUUCCUCCUCAGAAUCCCCGGGUCUCUGUUCUCAACUACUCCCCCCAUACUGAUCUAGAUUCCAUGGAAGGCCAUAUGUUGUUCUGGAAUACUGUAAAAAUGGAGAUUUUGAACCCUAGACUUCAAUCCCCAGAAGUCCUUGCUAUUUCCCAGAAUUCCCGAUAAUCUCACCUGAGUCUCCACCUGGGCAAGAUCACACUUCGUAUUUAACUGGCAGUAAUGCCUCCCUCUCCUCUCUGCCAUUGCAAUGAUGUAGGAAGUUAGUGGUAAGCUAAGCACGGGGAUUUUGAAUGGGCUCCUCAGCCAUGGGCAUGUGGUUUUUAUUUUGUGUUUUCUUUAUUCCUUGAUUACUAAUGAUCCUUAAUAAACCUCAAACAUAUAAUAUUUUUAUUACUAGAUACUAAUUUAAUUUUUACAAUAUGUAUGCCCAGGAGCCACGUUACCCCUUUGGCUCUCGCUUCCUGAGGGAUGUUAGGCAAAUCCCCUCCACAUUCUGGACCCAAGUUCCAUUAAGUCUCAAGUGAGGAAAGCCCCCAAAGUCUUGGCCUCCAAAAUUCCUUUAACUCAUGGUGUGUGGUUCCACCAGAGAAACCCACAUUUUCUGAAGAGGCCCCGAGGCCCCCUUCAGGGGCCCUCGCUGUAGAAGUGCUCACCCCAAAUGGAUUCCUUGCUUUAGGGCAUCCAUGUGAGAGUCAGAAGCCAUCCAGCGACUGGCCCACACUGAUGGGGGCCCUUCAGCCUUCUUGAACCUAGUGACCUUUUCGUGUGCAAACUAAAAGACUCAUGCAUACACCAGACCUAGAAACAAGCCUUGAUUGGCUUAGCACACAUCCCCCACCUUGGUCUUCAGUAAACAGCUUCACCUGGGUAGGAGUCUCUUUACAUGGCAAGAAAUUUAGUGACUGGGUCUGAUCAUGGGCACCUAGAAAUGGGAGGUGAGGCCCAGAUUAUUUCCCACUUCAUUCCUGGCUGUCACUACACCAGUGGACCCCAUUUUUAGACAAUUGGAUGGACAUCCAAGGACAAGAUGGAAACUGACCUGACAGAAGGAUGCUUCUAGAGAGCAGGCCCAGAGAUGGGAGGCCCUGGGUUCAAAUGUGGCCUCAGACACUUCCUAGGCAAGUCACUUAACCCUUAUUGUAUGUAAAGAUUAAAAUUAAUAUCCAGUACACCAGGUAUUAUAUUUAAUAACAUUUAUUAAAUAUUUAUCUUGAAGUAUAAGGAAGUAAGGUUAGCAAAAAGCAAAGCCACUCCUCCCUCCUCCACCAUGGAACCCUUACCACUCUUCUGCCUUGGAAUGCUUACUUAGUAUUGAUUCUAAGACAGAAGGUAGGAAUUUUAAAUUUUAUUUUUAAAAAAAGGAUGCUUCCAUUUGUGGAAGGAUUUGCCAUGACAUUCUUAUAUGGGAUAAUGAACAAGUCUAGGCAUAUACCAAUAAUUAAUUUGCUGUGUCCUAUUAAGCAAGAUAGCUCACCUUUAUGGGCCUCCAUUUUUCUAAUUGAUAAAUGGACGUAAAAAUAAUGGCCGACUCAUCUCAGACUUAAUGCCAUGGGAAUUGGAUGAGAGAUGAAUUAAGAAACUGCCAUGGAAUGCCAAUAAUAGUUUUAAUAGUGAGUUCCUUGGCACAUUUAAAAUAGGUUCCAAAUUAUUCUAGGAGGGACACCUGCAUCACAGAUGGAAGAAAGUUAUUGAGAAUUUGGGACAGGUCAUAAUUCCAUUCCAUGGAUUCCAUGGAUAGUGAGAUUUUUCCUGGCACUCUCUGUAGCAAAGACAAAGAGCCCCCUUUCCCUCUCAAGGACUUAAUCCAUAGUGUAGACUGCAGCAUUUGGUAAUUCCAUGGCCACCUUGGAACUUUGUGUUUUCAAAUUUGCAAAUAAUUCAUGAUAACAUUUAUCCCCCGAAAGUGGUUUAAUGUUCCUUCUCUGCCUUCACAUCUUAAGACAAAUCUGUGUCCUAAAAGGGGAGCUCACAGAUCUUUGCCUUGGCUCAGUGAGAGAUGAGUGAGACCCAACCCAUCUCUUUGAAGCCAUUUGUUCUUGCCCUAACCACAACCAUCCCCAUCAUGUAAGAGGCAAAAGCCCAGCUUUCAGUACUGAACUUUCCUCCUUUGGUCCAAAGUCCUCACUCUAAUGUUUGUGAAUUGUUGAGAACUUGUCAUCAUCAUCUCCUCCCACGACACAACCUAGCUCCUGACUUCCCUAUUUCUGUUAGUGCAUCCACCGCCAUGUUGGUCUCUAGGAAUGGCUCUGAGUGAAAAGGCUGUCUUGGAAGAUACAAGUCAUCCGUGUAAGCCAAGAACAGACCUCAGAGGUACUCGUACCUGGUGAAGAAGUAGUCGAUGAAUUCUUGUUUGCAGUGAUGGAUAGUCUAUGUUUUUUCCUGCACUGUUUUGCAGUGUCCAGUGCCUGUAUUGUUCCGGUAUCCUACUGUUGAUUAUAGUAAGAUUUGUUCAUUUGUGCAUGUACUCAUCUGGCUGUCCAGAUCAAAGAGGAGAAGGAGUCCAUCCCUCCUCAUUGGCCUACUCAUUAUUUCAUGUUUUAAAAUGGAGUAGGCCUGGGGGAAUAUGCAGCCUAAGGUGAGGGGUGGGGGUGGGGGUGGGGGGUUCUGAACUGACCCAUUACCACUGUCAGUGGUCUGGACUGAUGGAUGCUUCUUCCUCUAUUGAGACUCUAAUUAGUAGUGGAAUUAAGUCAUUCAAGUCCAACUUUUAUUCUGUUCAGUGUGAUGUCCUCCUAGACAGAUAUACUUGCUGUAUAUCCCAAAAUUGGGGAUCUUAGGGCCCCAGGGCUCCAAUAUCUGUGUAUCUGUGCUCUAUUGUCAUUAAAUAAUUUGACCCUUA